AUGUUUUUGGGCUUGUGUUCGUCUCAAAGCAGAAACCUCUUUGUGAGAGGACUUCAUUUCAGUAAGAACUUUGGUGCUGAAGAUAUCAUCUUUAAGGCUGUCUGCGUCAAUAUUAGGCAAAAAAAAUGGACUUUCUUGGACCGGCUGUCUUCAGAACUCUCAAAUUCCUUGCAUUCUCGUGUUAUCCGAGAGUUUCGGAGCUCGCCACAGCUUCUUUUAGAGUUCUACCAAAGAAUUGGUGGACAAAAAUCUGUUUCUUGUUCUCUAGAAUCUUGCUGUAUUAUGAUUCAUGUGACGGUGGGCAGUAAAAACUAUGAAGAUGCAUUGAACUUGACGAAACAAUUGAUGAUAUUCAAAGGCCACACGCCUCUGGAUAUCUCAGAAGCUCUGAUCAAUAGCCGUAAUGAAGGUGGGUUUUCGAAUAGCUCUGUUUUUGAUACAUUGGUUAGAGCUUGUUCCGAAAUCGGGUCGACUAAUGAUGCAUAUGAGGUGAUUAAGAGAUUGGGAGUGGAGAAGGGCUAUUGGGUCUCCAUUCAUGCUUGGAACAAUUUCUUGAGCCACCUGUUGAAGACAGGUGAUGUUGGUCGUUUUUGGAUGAGAUAUAGAGAAAUGAUUUCUUACGGGUAUUACGAGAAUGUGAAUACAUUUAAUUUGCUAAUUCUUGCUCUAUGUAAAGAAUGUAAAUUUUCGGAAGCUUUUUCUGCUUUUGACAAGAUGCUGAAGAGGAGGAUUGUACCUAAUGUGGUGGGGUUCAAUGUGCUUGUCGAUGGGGCUUGUAAGGUGAAUGAUCUUGAUUUAGCAGUAGAACUUGUUCAGAAAAUCGGGAUUAUGUCAAUGGGGCACGUUACCCCAAAUAUAGUCACUUACAAUUCUCUUGUUAACGGUUAUUGCAAGAAAGGUAAUCCUGAAAUAGCCGAAGUAAUUCUUGAUAAAAUGGUCGAGACGGUUUACAAUUCGCUCAUACACCAGCUGUAUAUGGAGGGAAAUGCCAGCGAAGCCUCGUUUUUGGUUUCGAAUAUGAUGGAAAAUCACGUGCCUCCCGAUGAAGUCACGCAUUCGAUUAUUGUUAAAGGGUUGUGCAGAAAUGGAGAAAUAGACGAGGCUUUGAGGAUUCACAAUUGGAUUGCGGAAAAGAAUUCCGUUAAAGAUGCUUUCUGUCACAAUAUUAUCAUGAGCUAUCUUUUGAGGACUAAAGAUAUACGUGGGGCCAAACAAGUCCUAUGCAGCAUGUUCAUACGAGGGCUCGUUCCAGAUGUGGAUGGCUUUUGCAAGGAAAAAUCGGUGGAUUGUUUGGUAUUUUUGGCGGAGGAGAUGAAAAGGUUGAAUAUAUACGACGUUGUGACGUUUAACACCUUGUUGAGCGGCUACUGUUGUAGUGGCAAGAUUGAGGAGGCGUUUGGUUUGUUUGUGAAUAUGAGAAAAUUCGGGAUUAAGGCGAAUAAGAUUACGUAUAAUAUCAUGAUUAAUCUUUUCUGCAAAUUCGGGUUGUUCGAGCAUGCUAAGGAGCUUUUGAGUGUUAUGGUUUUGGAAGGUUUUACGCCUGAUGAGGUUACGUACACGACUAUGGUGACAAACAUAAACAAUAUGAGUAGUUAUGAAGAGGUCGUUAAAAUGCAUGAUUAUUUGGUGGUCCAUGGUGUGAUCCUGAACGAGCAGACGUAUGAAGCGAUUAUUAGGCCGGCUAUUAUGAAGGAGAUUGAAGUGCAGGGUAGGCAUGAACAUGGUAGGUGUACUAGUGGUUGA